AUGACUACCAACACAACUUCAACGUCACUGCCGCCUGAGAAGCUUGUCUCCCGUCUCCUGUCUACAAUCGAAGACAGCAUAAUACCUUUGACACAAAAAGGCGUCUCGAGCGGCUCUAAGCUCUUUGGCGCUGCUAUCCUGGCCCGCAAGGACCUUACGCCAUACACCCUCGCCACGAACAACGAGCGCAUCUCACCGUUGUUACAUGGCGAGAUCAACUGCAUUCAGCAAUUCUGCACUGUCGACUUCCCAGACCCAUCAACACGACCUCACCCAGCCAAAGACUGCAUCUUCCUCGCUACACAUGAACCUUGUUCUCUAUGCUUGAGUGGUAUUACCUGGGCGGGUUUCAAUGAGUUUUACUACUUGUUCACGUACGAGGAUAGUCGGGAUUUGUUCGGAAUCCCGUACGACAUCGAUAUCCUGCAAGAGGUGUUUAGGGUACAAGGACAAGGCGAACACGAAGAUCAAGUACAGAGCAGGCAGUUGUAUAAUCGCAAGAACAAGUUCUUUACUGCAAAGAGCUUUGCUGACGUUGUUGGAGAGAUCAGUGAUGAACACGAGAGGAAGAGGCUAUUAGGUGAGAUUGAAAGGGUCAAAGGGUUGUAUAACAGCCUAAGUGAGACGUAUCAAAAGGGCAAAGAAGCGGGUGCAGAAAGCUCCAGUGUAUGGAAGUAG